GUGGUCUCUCUCCAGCUUCCUGUCAUCGUGGUUUGGCACUUUUGUGGUGUUUCUGUUUGUACCAAUGAUGGGUACUUUUUUUUUUUUCUAUGAACAGCUUUUGGUUCUUCCAUAUCAUGACCAAGUCAGUAAACUCAGUAUAUAAACACACCCAACACUGAGAGUGAGGUUCUUCCUGAAGAAGAGAUGAAGAUUCUGCACUUGUCUGUGAUUCUGCUCACGCUGUCCGGUGUUCUCACACAGGUCAGUAAAUGGGGUGUGAAAUAUCCGGAUAAUCCGAUCUGUGCUGUGAGAGGAUUCAGUGUCUCCAUUCCCUGUAGUUAUUAUUAUCCAACAUCAAAUCCCAAUAUUCAGGUGACACAAAUGCUUUGGUGCUCAUUGAACUCAAACACAGAAUGGUGUCAUGACCCCCCGUAUGUUUAUAACAGCGCAUUAAUCACCACAUCAGACUUUGAGUACGCUGGAGACGACAAAUCAAACUGCACUUUGUUAAUCCACAAUGUAAAGAUCAGCUAUUCUGGAACAUACAGAUUCAGAUUUAUAACUGAUAAUCCCAGUGAAAGAUACACAGGUGGUCCUGGAGUGCUUCUACAAGUUGCAGAUUUAAAGGUGUCACUAAUCAGGCUCAGUGGAAUCGGAACCCUUAAACAAGGAGACUCGUUAAAUCUGACGUGUGAUGUGGACUGCACACAAAGUUCCUCACAGUUUGUGUGGUCUAAGAACAACGAGCGCUUACCUGAAUCAGGACCCGUUCUUCACUUUCCUGCUGUAACCGUGAGGGAUUCUGGGAGUUACACCUGCACUUGGAAAACCAGCAUGACGUCAGGAUCUGAAAUGAUCAGCCUUCACGUCGAGGGUGAAAUUUUUAAUUCAUGGCUGUUAUGGAUCACUCCUUUGGUGACAGCUGGACUCAUUCUGUUGGUUGUGAUUUACAUCAGGAGGUGCGUCCACACUGAGCAGCUGAAGAACGAAGAUCCAGACAUCUACACCACAGUACAGUACAAUACAUUCACCAUGAACUGAUCACACUUUCACACCUCAGUUCCAGAUUUCUGCAUGUGAAUUUCCCCUGAGAACAGAAAGCAAAAAGACAUGAGCUUGUUAUUUCUCUAUAGCAAUCUCAAAAAUAAUGUGUGUUGCUAGUCAUUUCCUCACCCGUUUCUCUUUUUCUUGUUCUCUUUUUCUCUCCCAAACCCCCCCCCCCCCCCCCGCUAAUAAGACAGAGAUCUUUUAUCAGACGGAACUCAUUCAUCAGAUAAGGAAAGCUCUUCUCAAGCAGCAGGAUAUGCAAUUGAUGCAAAGAUGUUAAAAAAUAACCUCAAGCGCAUGUUUCUGACACAUUAAAUGUCCUCACUUUAAUGAUUACUAGCAGCAGUAAUGUUACUGAUUUUUACAGACUCAGGAACUUUCCGUGAAGAACACAGGUGUUCCUUGUACAAUGAAAUCCUUAGUUUGCAUGUUUUUUUAUGCAUGCUGCAGUAGAAAAAAAUAUUAAUUAAAAUAAGAAUAGUGUUUAAAGAAUUGUGAAAGGUACAAGUAGGAAUUGUUAAAACUAUGUUAAUUAUUAAAAUAUCCGUGGUGGUAAAUAAAAAUCUAUACAGUAAAUGUAUUCUCAUUUUUCAGAUUUACAUGAGGUGUUGUGCAACUUAACGUAUUGUAUAUCUGCAAUAUUAAUGCGAACUUGCUGUAGUCAUUAUGCUCAUUGUUAAAUGAAUGUUUGCCUGCUACGGCUUGACUUUCACGUGAAUAAAGUUUUUAUUGUUACUAA